AUGCUGGGCAUCGGAAAACAAGAAGUACGCGGUUCACUAACUUCACAUCCCAUAAGCGACGAAAAGGAAGCAUCGAGGAAUAGGAACCACAAACGCGAGGAUACUUACCUGAGGUACGAGAAAUUGAAGGUGCUACAAUCAUUUGGUUUAGAAUGCACAGUGGAGUUUGAAAAUCUGGGAUGGCGGAGAGAGGAAAGCCCGCACGUGACACAUCCAUCCAAUCAAUGUGAUGUUCGGUUAUUAGGGAUGGCUGGCCUCCGGACACUUAACCAUAGUCAUCCUGCCAUCAAGGGAAAACAGCAGUCCAAAACAAUAGAGAACAGUCGGAUGAUACGUGAAGGGAAUCUGACCAAUGGACACAUGGCCAAGAUAAACGACCUGAAGGCUGCAUUCGUCUCCAUCGAUCGUCAGAAACCUUGGCUGAGUUUGGCGAUCAAACGAGUCUCUGUUCAAUCCUACCUCUUCUGUGUGCGAACUCCUGUGGACUCGUACGGAUAUACUACAGGCUGUUGCCUAAAUCGAUCACGUCAAAUGGUGUAA